CAAACAGCAACAACAGCAGCAACACCAACAAGAGCAAGAAUGGACGCCAUUCACCAAAUCCUCGUGUGGCUCGUGCGCACCCAUCAAGUCAUCAUCACCUUCCGGUUCGUCACACACGUAUUCCUGCGACCGCUCUUCUGGAUCGCGGUGCGCCUCGCGCCACCACUCGCGCGCUAUGCCAUAUACAGCUUCAACGAAUUCGUGCGCAGGGAAACGAACAAGUUGGCGCGCAAGUUUACCACCCAGGCGAUCGCCGAGUUUGGCUUCGUCGCCACCAUCGCUGCCAUCGCCAGUGUCUAUAUCAUCACCCGGUAUAUCUCGCCAGAGACCCGGAUGCUGAGCCCAGACCCUCGGCACAAGUGCUGGAACAAGUUCCUCGAAGCCGUCUUGUACGAGCCGACGGAAAAGCCUCGGCGGCGCCAGAACCAGCGAUGCUCCAGUAAUGCAUCUAUGUAAUAUUAUCUGCAAUGCCACGAUGCUGCGGCAGCACAAAC